GUGGGGACACCAGCCACAAUGAGGAACUCGUUUCUGGCAUCCUCUCUCUCAACUGUCAUUUUUCUCCUGCUAAUUCCAGAAGAUUUCUGUGAAAAAAUUAUUGGAGGAAAUGAAGUGACUCCUCAUUCAAGACCCUACAUGGUGCUACUUAACGGAGACAAAAUCUGUGCUGGGGCUUUGAUUGCAGACAACUGGGUAUUGACUGCAGCUCACUGUGUCAUGAACAGAAAGUCCGAAGUCAUUCUUGGGGCUCACUCAAAAACCAAGAAAGAGCCAGAAAAACAGAUCAUGUUCGUUAAGAAAGAGUUUAUCUCUCCAUGCUAUGACCCAGAAACACAUGAGAGUGAUCUUAAACUUCUACAGCUGAACAAAAAAGCAACAAUUAAUAAAAAUGUGGCUAUCCUUCAUCUCCCUAGAAAGGGGGAUGACGUGAAACCAGGAACAGUGUGUCGAGUUGCAGGGUGGGGGAAGUAUUCCAAUAGGUCACCUGCAUCUGAUAUCUUGAGAGAAGUCAAUGUCACCGUCAUAGAUAGAAAAGUCUGCAAUGAUCCAAAGCACUACAAUUUUAAACCUGUGAUUGGACUGAAUAUGAUUUGUGCCGGAAACCUCCGAGGUGGAAAAGACUCGUGCAAUGGAGAUUCUGGAAGCCCGCUGAUAUGUGAGGGUACUUUCAGAGGUGUCACUGCCUUUGGCCUUCCAGGGAAAUGUGGAGACCCUCGAGGACCUGGCAUCUAUAGUCUUCUCUCAAAAAAACACCUCAACUGGAUAAUUAAGACUAUGCAGGGGGCAGUUUAGAUAACUGUAUUUCACUUUACUGCUGUCACUUCUUAAUCUUAUCAUAAAUAAAAUCAGUUUGUGUGACUGUU